GCUGCUCGCGAUGUCAAGGCCGAGAUCCUGGCCAACUGGCUUCACACCAAGCAAGAGGAGCGGGUAUGGACUUUUGGAGCAGCUGGUGAAGGUUGUUUUAUGAAGAAGUCAAAAGGCAGCUAUUCCUGCAUCCCCAACGCGCUUCAAACCGAUGGUACAGGUCUCUACGAAGCUGUCACCGAGUUGAACGUCCGAUAUGUACAAAUCCAGAGUGGCCUUCGUUUGCAGGUUAUUCCCGAUUUUGAAGCUUUGCCAUACUGCCAAAGGGGCCAGUCCGCUGCCUUCGUUGCCUCACGAGGCAUGCUGGUAGUGUGGCAGGACGACCCCAAGCUGACGCUCGAACGCGCAGAGUUCAUCAUCAAUUGUUUGAUGAGGAUGAUGUGUGGAGCUGAAUACGGCUAUGAUGCCCAAGACUUGGAGUUGGAGAAGUCAGGAAAGAACCUCGCAAUCGAUAUGGAAGAUUACGACGACUCGCGUGAUUCUGGAGAAGCCACUGGCGAGGAGGCCCGAGACAUGAAAUUGUGGCAGGCUGCCUACUGCGGCAUGUCUAUUCUUCUUCUGACCGUAGCUAUCGGUUCCGGAUACAGGCAAAUCGCCAUCGAAGAGUUCCAAGCCCCCAAGCACUGGCUUCGUCUGCUCUUCAUCAUCUGCUUACCUGCGCAAGUCUGGCUAUCAUUAUUCUUCUUCCAAGCUCUGGUUGGCAAUUUUGCCCAAAUCGUUGGCCCCACCGAUCAGAUGAAAGAGAACAGCCGCUACUACUCUGGCAAAGCACCCAGGCGCAUCAACCGUGAUACCUUUGGCAAGUCGCUCCCACAUGUAACGAUCCAAAUGCCUGUCUACAAGGAGGGUCUACGUACCGUCAUUGAGCCCACCAUUCGGUCACUCAAGCAAGCUAUCUCUACCUACGAGCUGCAGGGAGGAAGCGCCAACAUCUUCGUUAACGACGACGGAAUGCAAAUUCUCGGAGCCGAGGAGUCCCAAGAGCGCCAGGAAUUCUAUGACGAGCACGGCAUUGGCUGGGUAGCGCGUCCAAGGCACGAUCCUAAGGGCGAGCACGGAUCAAAGCCCUUCAUCCGCCCUGGAAAGUUCAAGAAGGCAUCCAACAUGAAUUACGCCUUAAGAAUCACUUGCAGGGUUGAAGAGGUCAUGGCACAACAUCCGCGUGAAGAGAGCUGGAGUCAGUUCGAAGAGAACGCCCUCUACAGGGAGGUCAUGGAAUCAGUCAUGGCUGAACACGAGGGCGAGGCUUGGGCUGAUGGUAAUAUCCGAAUUGGCGACCACAUUCUCCUGGUCGACUCCGACACCCGUGUGCCCAAGGACUGCCUGCUCGAAGCCGUCAGCGAGAUGGAGCAGGGUCAAGAAGUGGCCAUUCUACAGUACUCUUCCGGGGUCAUGAACGUCACCAACAACUUCUUCGAGAACGGCAUCACUUUCUUCACCAACAUGAUCUACACCAUGAUCCGAUUUGCUGUCGCUGGUGGAGACGUCGCACCUUUCGUCGGUCACAACGCCAUCCUGAGGUGGGAGGCACUCCAGAAGGUGGCUUAUGAGGUCACAGAACGUGGACAAAGGUUUGACAAGUUUUGGUCCGAGGAGACGGUGUCUGAGGAUUUCGAUAUGAGUCUGCGGCUACAGAGUGCCGGCUACAUCAUCCGGUUGGCCUCAUACCAGGGUGACGGUUUCAAGGAGGGUGUAUCCCUCACCGUAUACGAUGAGCUUGCCCGUUGGGAGAAGUAUGCAUACGGCUGCAACGAGCUGAUCUUCAACCCCUUGGUCUACUGGCUCACUCGAGGUCCUUUCACCAAGCUUUUCCGCAAAUUUAUCUUUUCCAGCAUGCCUCUCGCGUCAAAGGUUACUAUCAUGGCUUACAUCGGUACCUACUACGCUCUCGGUUGCUCAUGGGCUCUCACCAUACUCAACUACUUCUUGAUCGGUUUCUUCAACGGAUGGCUAGAUCAUUACUACAUCAACUCCUUCCGCGUCUACUUCGCCAUCAUCAUUGUCUUCAGUGUCCUCGGUAACAUUGCCCUCGCCGUCCUCCGCUACCGCAUCGGCGAAGGUUCUAUCCUCGGCGGCCUCUGGACAAACAUCAAAUGGAUCCCACUCCUAACCAUCUUCCUCGGCGGCAUCUCUCUACACGUCUCGCAGGCUCUCCUCGCGCAUUUCGUCAGCUGGCCUCUUGAGUGGGGUUCCACCUCCAAAGAAACCGAACAAGUCAGUUUCUUCCUGGCCAUCAGCAGGGUGUUGAGGAAGUUCAAGUGGAGCUUCAUUUUCUGCAUUGGUAUGACUGCGAUUAUGAUUACCAUGGCUUUUGCUCUGCAAGAGGACUGGAGGAUCAAAGAGCUCAUCGCCGUUUGGCCUAUGGGCACCGUGGUCGUCUUCCACUUUUUGUUGCCAAUUGUGCUUAACCCGCAGCUGAUGAAUUUUACCUGGUAAAGGCGGCCACCGGUGCUUGGUGAUACUCUGGGUUGAGGAGAGAAGACGGAAGAAGAUAAUAAUCUGACUGUUGGUACUAAUACUUGGGGUGUGUUGGACUUUUCCGU